UCUAUACCUCCCUCAUAACGCAUACCGCUCAUAACCCAUUCUCUCUCAAAACCCAUAGGAUGGUCCGUCUACCUAAGUGCGGACGGCACGAACGGCACGGAUAUAGCCGGAAAUAGCCCCUAGUCUUCAUAGAAAGGCAACUCACAUCCCACCCUCCCUUUCUGCCCUCCCCUCAGAACAACUCUCAGUCGACUCUGCCUCUAAGUGUUUUUUCUUUCUGUUUACAUUUGCACAAUGGCACCUAACCCCUACAACCUCGACGAAGUAUUCUACGAAUCGUGCCUGUACCUCCCCACACAUUUCGGAAACCAGUCGCCAAUCUGCUCACUCUCGUCCCCCAUCUCACCCACCGUCUACACGUUCAGCAAGCGCGAGGGCAACACUGACUCAUCCCGUCUCCUCGACCGUUACCCCGCCGCUUAUACAGACUUCUGGGGUAUGCCCAGCUGCCCUCCCUGCAUCUACAAGUCGGGCCCUGCCUGGCCUGUACGCAAGGGUCUAGAAGCACAGCGUGUCAUCCGCGAGGCUCGCCCUGUCUACGGCCACCCCAUCUCAGGCUCCUGGCUCAAGAUCGGUACGGACAUCUACAAGACCCUCGACUCUCGUGGCGUCAUGUGGACCUCGAUCGACCCCGUCGCCUUCGCCGAUGCUGGGGAGAAGACGCCGUUUUGCCCACUCCUUAUGUGGAUCGGCGUGAAGCACAAGACUCUCUCCUUCGACGCUGCGGUGGCUGCCGCUGAUGCCAUCAAGCUUAUCCUCAGUCUAGCUGGCUUCCCUUACAUCGAGGUCGCUUUUCGCGAGUCGGAGGUGACCCACUCUAUUGCUGGCCCAAAGCUCCUCCCCUUCAACCCCCUCCUUGACCCUGUCCCCAAGUUCCUCAAGCCUUUCACACCCACGCUCGGCCUCUCCAUCGCCCCGCUCAAGAUGCCGCACUAUGAGGGCACCGGCGCCCUCUACUUCCGCCUCAGCAAAGACGAUGAGCACGUCGUCCUUCUCACUGCUGCCCACGUCGCUCGCCCUCCUCCCGCAUAUGCCAACCUGCGCAUGGCGCGCAAGUAUGGCAGCCAGCCACGCGAGAACAUCGUCGCCCUCGGCAACAUGGGCUAUGAGAAUUCUACAAAUGCCAUGAUGGCCACCAUCGGCGACAGCGCUCGCUCCAUCGAGGUGUGGAACGGGGUGAUCGCUAGGCUGGGUGAAUUUGUCGAGGGCGAGGAUGCAGAGGUCACCAAUGCGCGCAAGUACGCCCAGUUCGAUGUGAAGAAGGCGACGAAUAUGAUCGACGACUUGAACAAGCUUCACGACGACGUUACUAAAUAUAGGACGAACCCGAGCCAGCGCAUCAUCGGCUUCGUCCUCCAUGCUGAGCCCAUUGUCGUCACCGACGGACCCACCGAGUUUACGCGCGACUGGGCCUUUAUCCAGCUUUACCGUGAGAAGAUUGACUGGAACACCUUCCUGGGAAACAAGGUCUACAUCGGUGGCAACCUCUCGAUGCUCGAUUUCUGCAGGUUCUUGUUCCCACAGCGAGAGGACCAGGCGGGCUACGAGUACCCGAUCGAUGGGCUCCUCCAGGUCUGUGGUGUCGUGAAGGACGACGAGAUCUGCCAGCCCCAGCACCUCGACAUCUAUGGUGAGAAGGCAUUCCUCGUAGUGAAGAAUGGCCUGACCACGGGCACCACCAUUGGUCGCGUCAAUGGGCUCAAGUCUUUCACUCGCAUCUACACCGACUACGGUGCCAAGUACACGUCCAUCGAGGUCGCCAUCCUGCCCUACACCGACAACAAGAAGCUGCGUGGUUCCUUCUCCGCCCCUGGAGAUUCCGGUGCCAUCAUCCUCGACAGGACUGGCCGCAUCGUCGCCUUGCUCACAGGCGGUAGCGGCACAAUGGACGAAACAGACAUAACCUACGGGACCCCAUACUGGUGGCUUGAGGAGCAGAUCAAGAAGGUCUUCCCCGACUGCCACCUCUACUAGGUCGUUGCCUAGGUUCAUGCAUUUUUUAAAUGCUAGCUAAAACUCAGGUCUUGUUCUUUUUUUUCUUCUUUACUUCCCUUUUCGUGCAUAACUAACGCCAUCUCUCCUUGAUAUACAGGUAGACCUCUUGGACUUGUCAACUCAUCAUGUAGGUCCUGAAUGAGUCAGUUCGUUGUUGGUCAGCCCUUGUAUGGUAUCACGUCUUUCUGCUUCUCGG